UGAAGGAAACAUAACUGGUCAAGAAAAAAUAGAAGCGAUUCAUUCUAAAAUUUUGGAUGAAAUGAUACCAAAAGUUGGAAUAGAAUUUAAAAGUGAAGAUGAAGCUUAUAACUUUUAUAAUGCUUAUGCUUACAAGGUUGGUUUUGGCAUUCAAAGGAGUAAGGGACAUAAAGAUCAAAGUGGAAAGAUGAAAAAUAGAACUUUUUGUUGUUGUUGUGAAGGCUUUCGGGAAAAGGAUAAACGAAAUAUUAAUGUUAAAUCUCAUCGUGCUGAAACAAGAUUUGGUUGUUUAGCUAGAAUGAAAAUAAAUUUGGAUCAGACUGGUAAAUAUCGUAUUACUGAUUUCAUUGCCCAAUAUACACAUGUGACAUCAACUCCCAAUAAAAGUUAUUUGCAUAGGUCUCAGAGGAAGUUAACUUUUGUCCAAGCAGCUGAAAUAGAUAUAGCUAAUAGUUCAGGAAUUGCUCCUAAAGCAAGUUUGGAGUUAAUGGCUAAGCGAGUAGGUGGAUAUGAAAAUCUUGGAUUUAUUCGUGAUGAUUACAAGAAUUACUUGAAAAUGAAAAGAAUAAUUCAAAUGAAGGUAGGAGAGAUAGGUGGUGUUUUGGAAUACUUACAAUCUAUGCAAUUGGAAGAUCCUUACUUUUUUUUUUAUGCAAUACAAGUGGAUCAAGAUGAUUUGAUAAGUAAUAUUUUUUGGGCAGAUGCAAAAAUGAUGAUUGCGUACUCUCAUUUUGGUGAUGUAGUUAGCUUUGAUACAACUUAUAGGAAAAAUCAAAGUGGUCGACCUUUUGCUAUGUUUCUAGGGGUGAAUCACCAUAAGCAAACUACUAUAUUUGGAGCUGCAUUAUUAUAUGAUGAAAGUGCUGAAACAUUUAUCUGGUUGUUUGAUACUUUUGUAAAAGCAACGUCAGGUAAAAAAUCAAAAACUAUUCUUACUGACCAAGAUCCAGCAAUGGAAAAAGCAUUAACUUCUCAAUGGCCAGAAACAUGUCAUCGGUUGUGUAUAUGGCACUUGUAUCAAAAUGCAGCAAAACAUCUUAGUGGAGUUUUUGCCAAAUUUUGAGAGUUUGCCAAAGAUUUUAGUAGCUGCAUAUAUGAUUAUGAAGAAGAACAAGAAUUUUUUCUAGCUUGGAAUGCAAUGCUUGAGAAAUAUGAUCUUAAAGAUAAUGAUUGGCUUAUAUGAAUGUUUCAUUUGAGAAAGAAAUGGGCAUUGGUUUAUGGCAGAGAGACUUUUUGUGCAGAUAUGACUACUACUCAACGAAGUGAGAGUAUGAAUAAUGUGAUUAAAAAUUAUGUCAGCUAUCAACAUAAUUUAUUGAGGUUCUUUGAGCAUUUUUAGAGGUUAAUCGAAGAUCGUCGUUAUGAAGAACUAAAGGCUGAUUUCAAAGCGACUCAAAGUACUCCAUCGUUAUCAUUUCCAGUUGAAAUUCUAAAAGAUGCAGCAAGUAUUUACACCCCAACAAUAUUCAAGGUGUUCCAAGAUGAGUUAUGUAAGGCUUAUGAUUAUGCUAUGCAAAUAUUUGAUCAUAUUGGGACAUUGACAGAGUACAAACUUACCAAUCAUAAAAAACAAUUUCAGCAUACUGUUAGAUAUGAUUUUUCUAAUAACACAGUGAUUUGCAGUUGUAGAAAGUUUGAGUUUACAGGAAUUUUGUGCUCCCAUGCUCUUAACGUUCUUUCUUCAAAGGAUAUAAAGAAAAUUCCUAUACAAUAUAUAUUGAAACGAUGGACAAAAUCUGCAAAGUUAGGAAAUUCUGAAUUUGUAUUUGCAAAUACAAUAAAUGAAGACCCUAAAGUAAGUUUGGCAAGACGUUAUAAGGAUUUGUGUAGAUUGCAAACUCAGGUGGCAACGAAGGCAACAAAAACAGAAGAAACAUAUAAAAUUGCAAGAACUGCUCUUGCUAAGAUUUUAGAAGAUGUGGAUGCAUAUUUAAAAGACAAUAAUAUUGUAAAAUCCAUUUCUAAAAUCGUAGAGACUACAACCGUACCAAGUGCUAGUGAGAAGAUUAAAGGAAUUAAAAAUAAGAAAAGAGUACAUGGAAAAUCUACAAGGCCAAGAAAUGCUCUUGAAAGGGUGCGAAAGAAGAAAAAUGUUGCACUUGGAGAACCAUCUCAGCAACAGUCACAUGCUAGUGAAAUAGCACAUAAUGAUGUUUCUUCUAAUUUUAAUAGUCAAGAUCUAUUAAACUUGCCAUUCAACAUUGUGCCUGGAUACUAUGGUGAUCAAGUGCAUGCAAUCCCCCAAGAACACCAAUGUUUCAGAUUCAAUGACAAUUAUAUCAUUGAUAAUAACAAGAAUAUAUAG